CGCGCUUCCCAGAAGGCCCCGCGGUAGAGACGUCACCGGAGCCCUUCGGCGUUGACGAAAGAUGGCGUCCGCUACUCGCAUUAUCCAGAAGCUGCGGAACUGGGCUUCCGGGCAAGACCUGCAGGCGAAGCUGCAGCUGCGAUACCAGGAGAUCGCCAAGCGGACACAGCCUCCUCCCAAGCUCCCCGUAGGCCCCAGCCACAAGCUGUCCGGCAAUUACUACUGCACGCGCGACGGCCGCCGGGAAGCCACGCCCCCCUCGGUAAUCAUGUCCUCGCAGAAGGCGCUGGCGUCAGGCAAGACAGCAGACAGUUCAGCUGUGGCAGCUACUGAGAAGAAAGCCGUGACUCCCGGUCCUCCCUUGAAGAAGUGGGAGCUGUCCCAGGACCAGCCUUACCUGUGACACCGUGUGCUGGUCACCUGGCCACGUCCCCAAGGCCACCUGACUGCAUUUCCUCCUGGAAUUCCCUCAGGGGAGAAUGCGACUUAAUUGAUGACAAAUACACAGAACUCUCUACCAUG